AUGGAUAGUAGAAUUAUAAUUACUGGAGUUUCGAUUUUAAUUGCUUUCCUCGUUUGUAGUGAGGCAUAUUUUGUGAAAAUGACAAAUGCAGAUUGUAAGUCGUAUAACAAAUCAUGGGUUUCCAUUCAUUAUUGCCGGCUAAAAGCCUAUUCGCGUAACAAGACUAGUUUGAAUAUAAAUGCAACAUUUUUGGAGCCAGCCAACAAUAUAUCCCUAAAAAUGAAGAUGAUGAAGAAGGCCAGUGGCUAUAAGCCAUUUCUUUUUGAUUACACCAUCGACGCCUGCGAGUUUAUGCGAAGGCGAAACCAACCCUUUGCCAAAAUCCUUUGGAAUUUGAUCAAGGAUGUAUCCACCGUUAACCACACCUGCCCUUAUGUGGGCUUGCAGAUGGUAAGCGAUUUCCAUCAUAUAGAAGUUCCAAUUCCAUUACCGACUGGAGACUACUUACUUUUGUUAGAUUGGAUAUUCGAUGCUAAACCACAAUUCGCUACAAAUGUUUAUUUCACAUUUGUAGAGGAUCUAAUCACGAAAAGCACAAAUCACAGAUGGAAGAACUAA